AUGAAAAAGGAGGCCAAUGAUCUUUCGGCUCUGGUUCAAGAUUACAGAAAGUUCGUCCAAGACUUACUUGGCACCACUGUAAGCGCGAAUGGCCAGUGGGCUCACUCUACUUUGCAAAAGUAUCAAUACUUGAUGGAAGAUCUGUCAGAAACAAUUCAAAUCCCCACGCCUACGACGCAAGAUGAGAACGGCGCAACGGAGAGUGCCACCGACACAGGUCACGUUGACAAUUCGAACAUGCAGGAGGAUGAACAAUGGUCGGAACCAACCUUCGACCAUUACGACAAUGGCGGGGAAGAACUCGCAGACGGAGUGACGACAAACACUCUCGACCAUGCCCUCGGAGAUUUCGGAACGAACGUCCCCCAGCAGGUUAACAAGUAUGGCAUGCCUUCUCGACAACCUUCGGAUCUUCUCUUCGAGGAGUAUUGGAAUAACGUGCACCCUGGUUUCCCUAUGAUCAAUCGACCGCUCUUUCGUACGCAGUAUCAGAGCUUCUGGGAUCAAGGUCAGCAACCGGGCGACAAGUGGUUAGCGAUCUUGAACGUGAUCUUUGCGAUUGCGGCCAAAUAUGCACACCUUACUCAAGCACCGUGGCGUGGAGAGCAGAAUGAUCACCUCCUAUAUUUCAACCGAGCAAGGCUGCUGAGCCUGACUGGUGAAGAAUUGUUCAGUCCCCCUAACCUUCAACAAGUGCAACUCGAGGGACUGGUUGCUUUCUAUUUGCUUGCAACCGAUCAGAUCAGCACGGCCUGGAGAAUUUCAGCCUUGGCUACAAGAUCUGCCGUUACGCUUGGUGUCAACCGAAGUCUCACGACAAAGCUGCCCGCCAAACUAAGCGAGGCCCGAUUCCGACUCUGGUGGUGUCUUUACACCCUUGAGCAAACACUGGGUCUUAUAUCGGGUCACAUCUCAUCGAUCCCCAAAGACAAAUAUACCCCGCCUCUGCCUAUACCAUUCGAAGAAGAAGAGUUCGAGACCGAUUCUUCAGCGUUGGCCUUACUUCGAAACCCCGGGGUCCGAACAAAAUGGCUUCAGACGAUCAUGCCAAGCUCGAAGGUUUGGCUAAGGGAUGGAUACAGCAAGGACUCCCAACAAGACUCAAAACCAAGGAGUGAUGCAUGGCUCAAGCAUCUGGAGCCAAACUCUGGCCUCUUCUAUCUCUUCUACUGUGAUUUGGCCGUCAUCAUCGAAGAAAUCGCCAACCAGAUCCACGCAUCCUCCAUGUGGAUCGACCGUGAGAAACGCAUUGACGACCUCCGCUCUCGUAUCGAAUAUUGGAAGAACAGUCUCCCGUCUUCUUUGGAUUUCACCACGGUCGAUCUGCAAAGCAGCAUGAGCCAAAUACGUUACAAACUCGGCCUUGCAUUCCACUACCAAAGUGCUCGAAUCGUGCUCGGCCGUUUGUGGCUACGUCGACAAGACGAAUUGGGACCGGACCACUCACAAAUGCUCAACCACACAAUGACAAUGAUGACCCUGGACGCUGCAAACCAAAUCCUCGAUCUACUCCCCGAUCAACCAAACACGGUACAACUCUACCAAAUGUUCCCAUGGUGGAGUGUCCUUCACUACCUCUCCCAUGCGGGGAAGAUCAUACUCCUCGAAUUAUCCAUCGGAUGUAUGCAUGCACAAGACAGUACGCAACACCUCAUCUGGCUCGCCAACAAGGCUAUUUGUUGGCUACAUGCAAUGUCAACCCGUAGUUCCGGUGCUGAACGGGCAUGGCGACUUUGCGACUCCUUUUAUCGCAAGGUAUCUGAACAGAUGGGGUAUUGUACGAAUGAUAUUCCGGCGGCAACUGAUACUGUCAAUCCUUCCGAGCCGAAUCAGCAGUAUUGGGGUUCUAGGCCUACGGAAAUCGGUGAUUUAGAACCGUUUGACUUUCAGAUUGAUGACGUGGAGCUGAUGGAUUGGAUUACUGAAUUUAUUAUUGAUGGCGCUAGGAGGUAG